UCACGUCACCAAUACCACCCAGCUUCACUUCACUCAACUUCAGCUUUAUUUGCUACAUGUUACACAUAUUCAAUUGUAACAUCUCACAACUUUACUCCCACUCACUCCGUCAUUGAGAACAUCAUACAAUCUCAUCAUCAACUCCCAAACAAUGCCCUCAUCAUGACCUCCCAAGCCUCAUCAUCCCAUCCUCUCCCCCCUCCCCUCCAUCUCACAAUCCGCUUCACAACAUCCUUCCCAGAUCUCGAACUCGACAUCCCCUCCCCCCAAACAACAACCGUCCUCGCUCUCAAACACCUCCUCCGCACACGACUCUCAUCCAAAAGUCGCCUACGCCUCAUCCACCAAGGUCAUCUGCUCCCCGAUGCUUCAGCGCUAAGCUCAGUCCUCAAACCACAUUCUGCGCCGCCACGCACAAAUGAUGAUCCGAAAGGCAAGGGCAAGGCUGUUGAGGGUGCGAAUGUGGCACGGGUCUAUGUUAAUUGCUCCAUUGGUGAUGAGUUGUCGAGCGAGGAGUUGAAGAAGGAAGAGGAGGAGGCGCUUAAGCCACCGAAGGAAGCGACUGGUGAUGGUUCGAAACCUACGACUUCGACGAGGCCGCGACCGCGGGGAUUUGAUCGAUUGCUGCAGUCUGGCUUUUCACCUUCAGAAAUCGCAACUUUGAGGACACAGUUUACAUCAAUUCAUACAGCGCGCUUCACACCAGAUGCUAUGCCAUCACCUGACACCCUGCGCAACAUGGAAGACGCAUGGAUCGACAACAACGCCGAAGGAAUCCCCUCCGGGUCCAAUCCACUCGAGGACGAAAACUCCGGCAUGGCUUCUGUACUCGAAAUACUAAUCAAAGCCAUGACAGUCGGAUUCUUCUUCCCACUGGGAAGUCUAGCAUGGCUGAUGCGCCAGGAGGGUAUCUGGAGUAAGAGAUGGCAGAUAUUCGUUGGCUUUGGCGUUGUCUUUAGUCUUUUUAUUGGUUUCAUCAUGGAGCUGUCUGGUGACCGGCCUUAGUAGAGCCUUGAAACGCUCCAGAUGGUGCUCAGUGCUUCAACGGUGGUACUGUGUUUGGCUUAUUGGUAUCGAGUUUUCUGGCGUUGACUUUAGGCGUUGUCAUGCCAAAGCAUGGGUUACAGCGGAUGGGUGGCGUUAUGGCUUUACACGUAUUCUAUAUACUGCUCUUAAAAGCAGGAGAAACAGACGGAAUACACAGCAGCGAUCAAAUCCAUGUGUCUCGUUCUCCAAACCUAAGUCUUUAUCGGCCCUGAAUAAUUGUUAUGAAUUCUGGCAGGUUCCGCAAACUCAACCGAAGCCUG